AAAAAACAAACAAAAUUGUGAGCUGUAAAUUCCGUUUCGUCUUGUGUUGAUGUGUUGUCCAAAUUCAAAAUCACCAGUAAGCUGCAAUUUAAGCUAGCCGCCCAACCUCUAAGUGUGACCACAGCAGCCCCUAUCGAAAGGUGUUAUCGCGGGAUCUGCAGCUCUAGCGAACAUUGUCGCAUCAAAUUUUUGCCUGCGUUCGCACUCUUAUCCCGUGUUUUGUGUUGUUUUUCCCCAGCCAGCCUACCAACAAAUCGAUAUGGCAGCUUACACCGAGGAUCAGUUGGCUGAGUUCCAGGAGGCCUUCAAUCUGUUUGACAAUCGCGGCGAUGGCAAAAUUCAGCUGGCCCAAGUGGGCGAAUGCCUGCGGGCCCUCGGCCAGAAUCCCACCGAGUCGGACGUGAAGAAGUGCACGCACCAGCUGAAGCCAGACGAGCGCAUCUCGUUCGAAGUGUUUCUGCCCAUCUACCAGGCCAUAUCGAAGGCCCGCUCCGGGGACACCGCCGAUGACUUCAUCGAGGGACUGCGUCACUUUGACAAGGACGCCAGUGGCUACAUCUCGUCCGCCGAGCUGCGCCAUCUCCUGACCACGCUGGGCGAGAAGCUCACCGACGAGGAGGUGGAACAGUUGCUGGCCAACAUGGAGGACCAGCAGGGCAACAUCAACUACGAGGAGUUUGUCCGCAUGGUCAUGAGCGGCUAGGGCUUGGCAGGGUCCCAUCCCCAAAAACCUCGACGAGAACAAGCAGCAUCCACACAAAAAAAAAAAACA